AGCCAAAAGGCCAAUCCCAGGAGGCUCUCUGGAUGCCCCCUCACUUUGCCACUCCCAUUUCCUGCUCCCUUCCUAUCCUCCCGCCCUCAUGCCCAGGUCCUGCUCUCUUUACACCCUGACACCUUCCUGUUUGCUUGUUUCCUGUCUCCUGGCAAAUGUCACCAUCCCCGUUUCACAGAGGAGGAAACCGUGGCUCAGAGAAGUCCCAGAGGGAGUAGCCCAGCCAGAUAAAAACCCCUGGGUCGUGAGCACUUUCUUCCACCCAUAUUAGCCAGGUGCUUUAUUCACGUGGUUUUACUCUGAAAUCAGGAUGGCUGUAGGUAAUAAUAGCAGCCAUGCAAGUCUUGUUUCAUGACAGUUUUUGAAAGGCACCGUUUCCACUUCGCUGUUCCCGUGCAGGUGGGCAGGACUCAGGGGCAUGUGUGUGCCCCCGCGUGCCUGCCUGUAGGUGGCCCCGGCCAAGCCAGCCCCGCCCCAGGAGGAGGCUGGACUUUCAUCCUGCGUGAGGGUGUGUGGGAACUGGGUGUGCCACGGGGCCUGCCUCACUCCUCCCUCUCACAUUGCCAACCGAGUCAGCCUCACUGCGGCAGCACCACGUCGGACCGGGAUCCUCGAGGUGCCAGCCCAUGGCCGAGCCUGCCCUCCUCCCUGCCGCCCAGAUGGAGAGGCUGGCCGCAGCGCCCCUCGCCUCACCAUGUCCUCGGAUCCCGCGGGCCCGCGUUGCUAAGCGCUGCGCCCAGCGCUGGGCCGACCUGGGCUGCAGAAGGGGAAGCUGAAUCCCAGUGGCUGCAGGACACAGGCCUAUCGGGCCUCCUUGGUGGCCUUGGCUUGGACAGCGAUCACAAGGAGCUCCUGUCCACCCUGACACAGACCCAGGUGGCCGCUGUGUGCCGCCGGCUGGACGUCUAUGCUCGCUCAGUGCGAAGACAACACAAGACACCUGCCAGAGAUGUCAGGGAUGUCUUCGGGGUCUUCAAUUCAGUGAAAAUGUCAUCAGAGAAUGGGGACUCUGGUAUGAAGGGGGCCCAGCUCAGUUCCGAAGCCUCUAAGUCUCCACCAGCAGCAGAGCCUGGGGGGCCACAGGAGCAGGCUGGGAGGGAAGAAGCCUUCAACAUGGACUCUGCCUACUCAGAACAAGCUGCGGUGCUCCUGCAGAAGAGCAGGCCAUCCCAGCGAGGCACCUCUGCCUGGGGCAAGUGUUCCCUGCCGAAGUUUACCAUCCCCAAAGGCAGACUUGGCGUGACGAGGAUAGGAGACUUGUCCCUGCAGGAUAUGAGGAAGGUACCUUCUCUGGCCCUCAUAGAGCUGACCGCGCUCUGUGACAUCCUUGGCUUGGACCUGAAGAGGAGCAAGGCAGGGAAAUGGAAAGCGGCAGAAACUCGCCUCUUCGGUGUGCCCCUUGACAGCCUGCUAGAAGCUGACCACAAAGUCCUCCCCAGCACACAGGUCCCACUGGUCCUUCAAGCCCUGCUGUCCUGUUUGGAAAAGAGAGGACUGGACACAGAAGGCAUUCUCAGGGUGCCCGGAUCCCAGGCCAGGGUCAAGGGGCUGGAACAGAAGCUGGAGAGAGACUUCUAUGCUGGCCUUUUUAGCUGGGACGAGGUUCAUCACAAUGACGCCUCCGAUUUACUCAAAAGGUUCAUCCGGAAGCUGCCGACGCCUUUGCUCACGGCUGAGUACCUCCCGGCCUUCGCUGUGGUGCCCAACAUCCCUGACCUGAAGCAGCGCCUGCAGGUUCUUCACCUGCUCAUCCUCAUCCUCCCAGAACCCAACAGAAAUGCCUUAAAGGCACUGCUGGAAUUCCUCAGGAAGGUGGUGGCCCGGGAACAGCACAACAAGAUGACUCUGUGGAAUGUUUCCACCGUGAUGGCCCCUAACCUCUUUCUGCACCAUGGGCGGCCCCCCAAACUCCCCAAAGGCAAGGAGAAGCAGCUGGCAGAGGGGGCAGCCGAGGUGGUGCAGAUAAUGGUGCACUACCAGGAUCUGCUGUGGACGGUCGCCUCUUUCCUGGUCGCCCAGGUGCGAAAACUGAACGACAGCAGCAGCAGGCGCCCUCAGCUCUGCGACGCGGGCCUCAAGACUUGGCUGCGGAGGAUGCACGCAGACAGGGACAAGGCAGGGGACAGCCUCGAGGCGACUCCCAAGGUGGCAAAGAUCCAGGCGGUCUGGCCUAUCAAGGAUCCCUUGAAGGUGCCUCUCACCCCCAGCACCAAAGUGGCCCACGUCCUGAGGCAGUUCACGGAGCACCUCAGCACUGAUUCCAAGGGUCAAGAAGGCAGUGAGGACAUGAACAGCCUCCUUCUACACCACAGGCCCAUGGAGUCAGCCAACAUCCUCCUCUAUGAAGUUGGAGGGAAUAUCAAUGAGCAUCGCCUGGACCCAGAUGCCUACCUCUUAGAUCUGUACCGUGCCAACCCACAUGGCGAGUGGGUCCUUAAACAGAGCCCCACCUAAACCCUGCAACUCUCAGGAGCAGCCUGGAUGCCUCCUCCUCUCCCUUGCUGGCUCUGUGUCCAUGUACCCAGCAUGAGAAUGAAGCUAUUUCAAGGGAAGGUCUGAGUUUUCUUCCAAGGCAUCGUUCUCUGAAAUGCCUCUCAGACCCCUCAGAAAUAGACUCAGGACUAGUGCUCUCUCCACUCAGAGGGGAUGAGGGGCCAGGGCCUCAGGGAGGGGAAGCCAACACAGCCCUGGGAGAACUGGACAGAGGAAGAACUUCCCUUAACCGUUCUCAUGUUUUAACCACGCACACAAAGCCCUCGCUCCCCUCCACCCGCUAGCUCUCCGGAGAGUUGCUUCCUACAUCAAGCUUGCUGUUAUGACACCAUCACUUGGGGCACUUGGAUCUCCAUGGGCUUCUGUCCAUGGCUUCUAGACUGGAAGAAAUUUAAAAAUGCAGCACCUCUAUCAAGAGAUAGUUGGAUUUUUUUUCCCCCAGGUAAGAUUGUUUUGAAAGUGGCCCUACAAUGUGUAGUGGCAGCAGCACCAGAAACAAGACCAGGAGAGCUCUAUGACCUUGGACAAGCCCCUUGCCCUCUCAGAGUCCUUCAAGGAUGAGGGGCUGGGGCCUCAGGGAGAGGAAGCCAAUAUCGCAGCCAUGAUCAGCCCCAGGAGAACUGGGCAGAGGAAGACUUCGCUUCACAGCUCUCAUGCUUUACAUGUUGAUUUGUAUAAUCUUGUCAUUUUGUAAUACGAUAUUUAAAUUUUUUAACAUUAAAGGCACAAGUUCAAUGUCA